AUGGCUUUUUAUUUCUCGCUUCUGGGCAUCGCGCGACUCAUUUCGGCGGUCACUGCAGCAGCGGCUUUAGCUCCAGAGCAGAGGAGCAACAAGCCUCUAGAUCUCUGCCGUCUCGUCGGCGCGCAUUUCCCUGGCAAGGUCUGGUUUACAAACAGCAGCGAAUAUGUGGACUCGCAGGAAAGCUACUACACCUUGCAGGAGCGCGAGCUUAAUCCCAGCUGCGUUUUCCGGCCCGCUCGGACAGCUGAUGUCUCAGCAUUUGUGAAGUUGGUGGCCGCCAACGACCGGUACCCCAAGAACCUCUCCAAGCCCCUGUUCGCGGUGCGCAGCGGAGGGCACACGCUCUGGUCAGGGGCGGCCAACGUGGAUGGCGGGAUCACGGUCGACAUGCGCGGCAUGAACUCGUUCGGGCUGAGCGCCGAUAAGAAGACAGCCUCGAUUGGAGGCGGCUCCAACUUUAUCGACGUGUAUCCGCAGCUCGUGCCCCACAACUUGACCGUCCUGGGCGCCCGAAUGCCGGGCGUCGCGGCUGGUGGCUUCCUCACCGGGGGUGGGAAGAACUUCCUGGCGCGCAAAUACGGUUUCGCCUGCGACAAUAUCUUCAGCUACGAAGUCGUGCUCGCCAGCGGCGAGGUAGUCUACGCGUCGGCUAGCCAGAAUCAGGACCUCUGGCUCGCGCUUAAGGGGGGGUCGAAUAACUUCGGCAUCAUCACGCGUUUCGAUGUCGCCACCCACCCGCUUCUGGGCAUGUGGGGCGGCAUAGUCGGGUUCGAGUACACCCCCGACACCCUCAGUGUCCACGCUCAGGCCUUCUCGGACUGGAUGCGGCCGGAGAACGUGGACGAACUGUCGGACGUGGCCAUCAUCCUCGGCUUUGUCAACGGCAGCUUCUUCAUCGAGGACUCGCUCUUCUACUCGGCUCCAGUCGUCAGCCCGCCCGUCUUUGCCGAAUUCACCAAGCUCCCAGGCGUGACAGCACAGUCCCUGGAACUGAGGAGCGUUGCAGAGCUUGUGAUAUUCAUGGGCAGCAUCCUGCCCGCCACCAUUCCGCGCUCCUUCGAGCUCGUCUACGCCUUCUACAACCCGGACGCAGCAACAUACCUAGCACUAUUCCAAACGUGGCAGGCCGGCAUUCAACAGGUCCAAGGCGUCCAGGGCCUCCAGAUCCAGUACCUGGUCCAGCCAAUGCCCGUGACCAACGGGACCAACUCGUUGGGUCUCCCGCCGCACCAGCCCGAUAUCACCAUGGUUGUGCUUACUGCCGCCUGGGACAACACGGUCGACGACGACACCGUGACCAACGGGCUACAGGCCAUUGUUACCCGGCACGAGGCCAUUCUCGACGCGAAGAAGUUGAAUAUCGGCUACAAGUAUCUCAACUACGCCGACGUCACGCAAAACCCCAUCAGCACCUACGGCGCCGCCAACGUCGCCCGCCUGCGCGCCGUGAGCAGGAAGUACGACCCUACGGGCUUCUUCCAGGCUCGCGUUCCUGGGUACAAGUUGCCCAAGAAGUAG